GAGUUCUGUGUUUUGUUGCUGUCAGAGACAAAUGGGGGUUACUGAGGAGAGAGUCAGUCAUGGCUGCUUCCUUGGUACGGUGGCUAAAAACAUUGUGUGUAUUCUUGUGGACAUGCCCGCUCUGUGUCCCAGCCUUCUUAAAUUUAGAGGAGCUGAAUGAGAUGAAAUAUGGGAUUCAGAUUCUCCCCGAUCCCGUCAUCAUGGGCCAGACCAAAACAGAGGAAGUUAUGAUGGUGUCUAACAAGUACAAGCAGAUGUAUGAGUGUCGACUCCCGGCCAUGGCUGUACGGUUUCAUCAGGAUCUAGCAUCUGAGCCAGAAUCAACAGGGUACACCGGGCCUGACAUCCCAGACCUACUCAAUCCAAUGCACAGUAACCAGUGUCUGGUAAAGACGAAGGACUGGUGGACGUAUGAGUUCUGCCAUGGUCAGCACAUCAGACAGUACCACCUUGAAGACACAGAGAUCAAAGGGGACAUCCUCUUUCUGGGUUAUUACGAAUCCGAGUUUGAUUGGAGCAAUGAAACAGCAAAGGCGUCCAAGCAGCACAGACUGAAGCGCUACCACAGUCAGUCCUACAUAAACGGCUCAAAGUGUGACCUAAAUGGAAGUCCCCGAGAGACCGAAGUCAGAUUCCUGUGUGAAGAAGGUGCGAGUGACUACAUUGCCCGAGUGGACGAGCCUCAGUCGUGCCGUUACGUGCUGACAGUUCACACCAGUCGCACCUGCCAACAUCCCUUCCUGAAGCCACCAUCCACUGCCAAGCCCCAGGGGAUCGUGUGCCAACCCGCACUAAGUGCCCAACAGUACAUGGACUACGUCAAGGCUCAAGUCUCGGACACGAAGCGUAAAGUGGAGCAGAUCUCGGAAGAGCUGAGGAGUCUUGAUGAGAUGUUAGCUGCUAAUGAAGGAAAUGAAAGAACAGGCGAAGCAGCAGAAGUGACUACAGAGGAAACAUCACCUGCAGCCACUGAUGACUCGAAUGUGUCUGAAAAAGAAGAAACUGCAGAAGUUUCUGAGGAUGCUGGGUCAGAGGAGGGAGGUGACUCUGAAUUCUGGGAGGGGGUCACCAAGCCCAGGAGUUCAAAAACAACAGCAUCUAAACAGCACGAUCAGGCAGCAGAUGAUGGCUAUAACUCAGUCACAGACAAUGAAGUCAUUGAAGACGGUGAGGAAGUUGAAAAGUUCAACUUCAAAAUCAUCACUGACCCUGCAGACCUGAUGAAAUUUGUCCAACACCUCAAAGAAAGUAACAGGAAGAAAGCACAAAACCAAGCUAAAAAUCAAGGAGAGAAACCAACAGGGGUAACAGAGAAACUCAGGGCAGACGAGAAAGAGGAUGAUGAGCACCUGCAAGAGUUUGAGGAGGAGAUGGCAGACCUCUCGGUGCCCUCGGAUAAGAUUGAAGAGAUAAAGGAGGAAAUGCAGAAGGAGUUUGACAACAUCAUAAAUGAGGCCCAGCAGGAGUUAGAGACAGAAGGUCUGAAAGGGGAGUUCGAUCGCACUCAGGCCACGCAGACACUGGAGACGACACUGGACAAGCUGCUCGAUCAGUUGGAGGAGAAAGAAGUCCAGGACACGGAGCAGCAAACAGCCGGAGCUCAGAGAGGCAGCGACCCGACCAGAGGCAGUCCUAGCCUGGCUCCAAAGCAGCCAGACCAAGCGGCUGACGACCAUGUUAAGAUCAAAAUUACUAAGUAUAAGACGGGCAGCAGCCCUGAUGGGGAGGUCAAAGUUCAGGAGAUGGGCGAAGGAGACCCCCAGUGGCAGCACAUAAAGGACGUGGUUAAAGAACAGCUAGAGAAAGCAGGACUGAAGGCAGAAGGUAAAAUCGAGGUGAAGAUCCUGACAAGAAAAAGUGCAGAGGAAGCAGGUGAUCAGUGGCUAACUGAAGAAGAUACAAAGUCCUUCAGGGAGCUGCUCAUAAAUCUUCUGACUGGAGGCACAGAAGAGGUUUACAAAGAGCAGAAGAGGCACCAGGAGUUGGAGAACAACUAUAGGUUUGUUUGGGGAGAGUCUCAGGAGGAGUCGCAGUCAUCCAGCACCUCUGACUCAGACGAUGUGGACAUUUGAGCUCGUUCAGUGCACCUUCUGAGACAAUGAACUCCUGUGGAGACCAGCAGAGGGGACGACUCUGAAGGGCAUCACAUUUGAAAGGAGAGCCCAAAUGAUUCAAAUACUGCUGUUAAAACUUGACAGAAAAUAUCUACUCACCUGUUUGCACAUUUAGAAAAUGUGUGUGUCUGUUUUCAAUAGGCAAUAUGUGUCUGUAAGAGGCACCAGUUCUAGUUUAUGUUGCACAGUGAAGCCGCAACAGGUCAGCUUUACCUGAGGAAGUUGAAUUAAGUUAUGCAUUUCCUCCUUUUUGAUGGGAUUCAGUUUUGAAAGAAAGCUGGAAAAACCCAAUGAUGUACAAUAUGUACCUUCUUAGAAGUAUUUCAGUGGAUUCUCUGAAUAUUUAUGUCUAGUUCUUAAGUUUCAGAAACACACCAUGUCCACAAUUAAACUACUUCAUCUUAAAAAGUCUCUACCUUUAAGUUACAUAACCAGGCAUUGCUCAGACUAAAAACAAAAAAGGACCUGUGUUUGCACAGUUAUUUUUUACUUUAUGAAGAAUGUGUCCAGGUAUGAAAAACAAAGGACAUGUUCUCAAAGGUUGAUAUUUCAGUACUCGCCUGUCUUUUUCUGACAAAGAUCCUCAAAGUGUCCGAAAUCAUCCUCUGGCACUUUAUGUUCUUAGAGUUAUGUCUAGAAACUCAUUAUAUAAUCAUUGUUUCCCUGAAUUAAUGGCUUCCCCUUGAGUUGCCAUGUGCUGUUAAAGGGAUUCAAAGGAAAAAUCACUCAAAAAGCAUAGGGACAGAAAUAUUUUCAGUUUGUAUUUUAUUUUUGUUUCUGACAAGGACAGCCUAUAUUUGAUUUACAUGGACUUAGCUAAGAAAAAGAAAACAAAGAGAGCUACAUUUUUUAUCAGCUCUAGUAAUCAAAAAUAAUAAAUCCACACACAACUUUUGUAAGGAUCCUUCUGCGGUGUACUUUAAAGGGCUGAAUUUGUAAAGUUUGUGAAUAUUUGUGACUGCCUGGAACUUAAUUUGUACAUAAUUACUGCGUUAAUAUGUUUUUGAAAUGAAUUGUUGUAUAUUAGCACAAACUAAGUAGGGCUUGAGUUACCUGAGUAAACACAUUCAGUUUUCUGACUGUU